CGCCCGCUCCCGUGCUCUCCGCGCCGCCAGGGCCGCUGCGGGCCGGGGAGAGCCUCGCUCCCGCGCUCCGAGCAGCGGCCCGCGCAGGACGGCGGAUAAUGAAAGGGAAAGUGGCGCGGAGCCUGGGCGCUUUGUUUGGAGCGGAGUGCAAGCGGCCCUCUCCACAGCCUGCUCGCGGGCUGCGGGCCUGCGCCCGGUUCCCUCCCUACUCCGAAGUUGCGCGGUUGCAACCGGGAAGUGAGGCCGCCAUUGUAGCGGCUGCUGGGGAGUAGGGAGGCGGCUGCGGCUGCUUAUAUCUGGCUUUCCCCGGAUCAGUUAUUCUGAUCUGAAGAUUUUGGUGUUUAAGGCAUUAAGAAAAUAAUCUGAAUUGUUCAUGCAUUUCAGAGAAAGGAUACUCAACCUGUACAUCUGUUGUUGAUGAGACUUUUAACUGGAUGGCUGGAAGAUUGGCAUCCUGUGGACACGAAGCCACUCAUCACUCCCUUCUCAGAUGUCUUUUGGGGUCAGAUUAAACCUUGACACUCGUCACGGAGUGACCCAAAACUGCUAUGGAGAAACUAGAAGACAACAUUGAAUAUUUUGGCAGCGAUGCCCUCUCUAGUUCUUCAAUGGUGGUUUGUCUCUUCUAUCAAGAGUUUUUCAUCAGUAUGUCUGAAACCAUAAAAUAUAAUGACGAUGAUCAUAAAACACUGUUUCUGAAAACAUUAAAUGAACAGCGCCUGGAAGGAGAAUUUUGUGAUAUUGCUAUUGUGGUGGAAGAUGUGAAAUUCAGAGCACACAGAUGUGUUCUUGCCGCCUGCAGCACCUACUUUAAAAAGCUUUUCAAGAAGCUUGAAGUAGAUAGUUCUUCAGUUAUAGAGAUAGAUUUCCUUCGUUCUGAUAUAUUUGAAGAGGUCCUGAACUACAUGUACACAGCAAAGAUUUCUGUGAAAAAGGAAGAUGUUAACUUAAUGAUGUCUUCGGGUCAGAUUCUUGGUAUCCGGUUUUUGGAUAAACUCUGUUCUCAGAAGCGUGAUGUAUCUAGUCCCGAUGAAAAUAACGGUCAGUCAAAGAGUAAGUAUUGCCUCAAAUUAAAUCGCCCCAUUGGAGAUGCUGCUGAUGCUCAGGAUGAUGAUGUGGAGGAAAUUGGGGAUCAGGACGACAGUCCUUCUGAUGACACAGUAGAAGGCACCCCUCCAAGUCAGGAGGACGGCAAGUCACCCACAACUACGCUCAGGGUUCAGGAAGCGAUUUUGAAAGAGCUGGGGAGUGAGGAGGUUCGAAAAGUAAACUGCUACGGUCAGGAAGUAGAAUCGAUGGAGACCCCAGAGUCCAAAGAUUUGGGGUCCCAGACCCCUCAAGCCUUAACAUUUAAUGAUGGAAUGAGUGAGGUGAAAGAUGAACAGACUCCAGGCUGGACCACGGCUGCCAGUGACAUGAAGUUUGAGUAUUUGUUGUAUGGUCACCAUCGGGAGCAGAUUGCCUGCCAAGCAUGUGGUAAGACAUUUUCUGAUGAAGGCAGAUUGCGGAAGCAUGAAAAACUCCACACGGCAGACCGGCCCUUUGUUUGUGAAAUGUGUACAAAAGGUUUCACCACCCAGGCCCACCUGAAAGAACACCUAAAAAUCCACACAGGGUAUAAGCCCUACAGUUGUGAGGUAUGUGGGAAGUCCUUUAUCCGUGCCCCAGACCUAAAGAAGCACGAGAGAGUUCACAGUAAUGAAAGACCGUUUGCGUGUCACAUGUGUGACAAGGCCUUCAAACACAAGUCUCACCUCAAGGACCAUGAAAGGAGACACAGAGGGGAAAAGCCUUUUGUGUGUGGUUCUUGCACCAAGGCAUUCGCCAAGGCCUCAGAUCUGAAGAGGCAUGAGAACAAUAUGCACAGUGAGAGGAAGCAGGUCACUCCUAGUGCCAUCCAGAGCGAGACAGAACAGUUGCAGGCAGCAGCAAUGGCCGCUGAAGCAGAGCAGCAGUUGGAGACCAUCGCCUGUAGCUAAGAGAUGAUGGGACAGGAGCACAUGGCCUGGGAGGUGGAUGCUGAGGUUGAAUUGAUCAUAGUUGGUGAACACACCCGUGACUGCUUUGGGGGCAACUUGGAGUGUUGUAUUGACUGGACCUAAGGCAGUGCUCGGGUUAGGUGUUUUUAAAACUUCUCAAGGCAAUUAUGUCCCCAAGUUCUGACCAAACAGUUUCACUAUCUUGUGUCUAGUAUUAAUGUUACCAGUAAGCUCCCUGCCCUUCUUUUUUAUGGUUUGAAUUUGAAAACUCCUGUGUCCAGUUUAAAUUGAGAGACUUAUAUUCCAUUCUUAAUUCCUCUACAUUUGCCAAGCUGGUAAGUGCACUGCACAGAGUAAUUGAGUAAGUUGAUUUCCUAAUCAUCCCAGUAUAUGUGACUUGUGGUCAAAACAGCAGUUUUAAUAAAAGUACUUCAUAUGGAUGCAGAAAAUGUUGGCGGGUGGUGACCAAGAACAUUGUGCAAGUAUAAAACCAAGUUUGACAAUGCAGAAUGGUAUUAGCUUUAUAUUUGGUUUGUUGAUUUUUUUAAUAGAUAGAUAAAACUGUUUUUCACUGUUCCUAUAGACAUAAUAGUUGCUUUGCUGAAAUGUUUCUUCAUCUGUUGGGAUUGUCCCUGUGCCCACCCCAAAUCUAUAGGUCACAUGUUCCACAGGGUGAGGAAGACCACCAGGAUACUGGGUAGUGCUGGGGCUGAGUGCUUAGAUUCCUCUUUUGUGGGGUGCUGCCAUCCAGUCUCUACCAGUAAGCGUGUAUGGAGUGGACCAGCGGUGGGGGGAGUAGAGAGGCUAUCAGAGACAAAGUGCACAGAUGCAGAAGUCCUGAUUUCCUAGGUUAAAAUCUAAAUUAUAUCAAAGUUGUUAUUAAAGUUCAAAAUUAGGACAAGAAGCAAAAAUACUCCAGAUACAUUUGUGUAGUUUACAGAAGAUCAUUAUGCUUUGGGGUUCUCUCCAGCACACGAUUAACCCAUAAAGAAGAUGCGAUGUGCUUACUUCAGUGUAAAACCUUUUAAGUGUGUAAAUAGUAGUGUUGGUCUUAUGUAUUUCAAGAAAAAGACAGCUGCACCUUUUUUUUUUUUUUUGCGCAUUGGAUUAAAUGCCAUUCAUUAGCAACAAACAUCAGACCGUUUUAACAGAUAUUAAACACUGUUAGACCAGAUGUUUGUGUUUUUGAAGUAUAGUUCAUUGCUGGUUACAGUUUUAAAUAGAGUUGAUUGCCUUUUCAUGGCCAUAAAUCAGAAUUACAAACUUUUGUUUCAGAUCUGGUAUACUAAAUGUUCUUUUUAACCAUUUGCUUAGGAAUAUAUUGAAAUGCCAACAACUGUUUGAAUUAUGUUCUGUAAGAAAGUUAUAGGCGAUUAUUUUAGGGUAUGUACAGUUGUAGAAAAUGCCAACUUUUAAAAUUCAUGUUUGGUUGCUAGGAUUUUUUUUUUUUAACAAAAAGUACAUUAAAAUAGUUUCAUGUUAUAGCUUGCUGCAUUAACACCUGUAAUUACUAUUGUGGAAAAUUUUUAUUUUCAGAAUUGGUGUACAUGUUAUGCCCUUGAUUGUCAAAUGAAGAUGCUACCUUUAAAUUUUUUAUUUAUUGGUAAAAAUGUUUUAGUUUAAAAUUAAUUUAAUUUUCCUUGAAAGCUGUUUGUUCUCUAUUGAAGGUUGUUCUGUCACUUGUUUCUGUGCUGUUAGUAGGAGGGGAACUGACUGUUGUUCCUAGGCUGUUUUAACCAAAGCAGAAGUGAAAUCAUUUAACGUCCUGUUGAUAGCUACUCCAACAAAAACCAUAUUUUGGGCCUUCAUUUUUGUAUAUAAAGAAAAUAUACUUCUCUCGGGCUUGUUUUCAUUUUCUCAUGACAUCCUUGUACAUAUCCAGGUUCUACUGACAUGUGCCUUUUAUACCUCCUAGUUAUGAUUUUAUAGAGGUGCAUACAAUGUGUAAAACUAACUGCUAUUGAAGUUCCGUAAUCAUGUUGGUAUCCUUCCAAAAAAACCCAAACCUUACUUUUUCA